GCACAAAUAAUAUUUUCCAUGUAUAUAAUCUGUAUGUAAUCUGACAUCUGAAAAUAGACCUCACGCGCGUGACCUGGACGCAUUUGCCAAGAAAAUACGAGGGCAUGUAGAAAACAGAUAUACAUGCACACAUGUAUCACAUGGCAAUUGUCUUAUAUGUGAAAUUAUAGUAGUUGAAUUUGUGAGUUGUACCGUUGGAAAGUUUAUAGGUAAGACGUUAAUGCGUUAGGCUGAAGGACCAUCCUCGAUUGAGACGAGUAACAGCAACGGUUACUUACGGCAGGACGAAAUCGGAAACUUUACUCACGUUUCGUUAUUUUGCGUAAUCCAGGUCGCAAGUAGAAUUACAGGGAGGCAGACGUCGUAGAAACGUAAGGAAGAAUACAAAACCACGAUGUCUUCAGCAAGGUAUGUAAAGACUUCACCGAGAAGCAACAACUAGUGGGUCGGAUUCUAAAGCAGAAGAACUAACCUAGCCAAAGGUUUCGACGUGACUGACAGGAACAUGUACCGAGGUAAGGGAUAUGGGAGGCGCUUCGCUGCGUGAUGGCAACUGCACCUGCGCGGCCCUUCGAUCAACAAGUAGUCUUGCUGGUAUCUUUUUAAUGAGAAAUAAACGUUCGUUGAAAUUAUCUGUCUGUGUUCAAUCGAUCGCAUGACCCACAGAGUACUUCGCUUCGCGGAAUAUUUUAAUCUCACAGCGAUAUUUCAUGUCACUCUGCGUUAAGCUGAUGCCAAAUUGAGCUAUUUACAUUGGCGUACGGUUAAAAUGGAGAUGUAAUUGUAUAAAUGACAAGGCUCUAUAGAAAAUUGUACCGAACGGUCGAAAAGUGAAGUUAAACGGGAACUUCGACAAUUCGCUCCCCGUCAAAAGUACCGUAGUACAUGCAGAGAGAUGAUCUGUUUCGAUCUGUAUCAACAUUUCAACGUCAACCGGCUCCUUUUAUUAGCGAUCGGCUUAUGGCCUUAUCAGCAAACGAAGCUCGCUCGAGUUCAAAUAAUCUUGAUUUCUAGUAUUCUGAUAAGCUUCAUUGUAUUACAGCUCGCAACGUUCCUAACUGCAGAAUGUACUGUGGAUCUUGUCAUCAAUAUUUUAUCCAUCACGUUCCUUUUUAUGAUACACCUAAUUAAAUACAAUGCGUUCAUUCUUAAAAUUAAAAAUGUAAAAUAUUUAAUAGAUCAGCUUGAGCAAAUCUGCAGCGAGCUAAAGAACGAAAAAGAAAUCGCCAUCGUAGAGAAUUAUGCAAUCGUCGUGAAACGUUAUACCAUUGUAAUUUUACUGCUUUCAAUAUUCUACCUAGUUUCAAUUAAUCUCCUGCCAAUGUGGCCGCGCAUGCUUGGUAUUUUCUUGCUUAUAAAUGACACACGACCACGACGAAUGCUGCUGAUCAUGAAUGAGUAUUUUCUCGAUCAAGAAAAGUACUUCUAUUUCAUUCUUUUGCACACGAACGCGACUCUCUUUGCAGGGACGCUUAUAGUUCUAGCGACCGGAACAAUGUUCGUAGGAUAUUUCAAGCAUAUUUGCGGAAUAUUCAGAGUCGCCAGUUAUCGUAUCGAGCAAGCAAUGGAUAUUAAUGUUUUAAAAAAUAUUAAUCCGAAGAAUGAAAUAAUGAUCUGUAAAAAAAUAAUUUGCGCUGUGGAUCUUCAUCGCCAAGCUAUGAGGUCCUCCAAAGUCGCUUUAUCUAUGUUCGAGGGCAUGUUCUUUUUGUUAUUACUGUUUGGUGUGAGUUGCUUGAGUCUCAACCUUUUCCGUGUUUUUCAGAUCGUGACGUUUGAAGACAAUAUCGAGGAAUUUAUGUUACGUAUCGCGUUUGUAAUUACUAUUCUUAUGUAUAUAUUCCUAAUGAACUAUAUCGCGCAAGAAGUUACGGAUCACAAUGAACACGUAUUUGAAGCAACAUAUAAUAUCCGUUGGUACAUAGCUCCACUACACAUACAGAAGAUGAUCCUGUUCCUGUUACAAAAAGGCACCAAGGCGUUCACUCUGAAUCUCGGCGGAUUGUUCGUAGCAUCUUUAGAAAGUGCCUCCAUGUUGGCGAGUGCCUCCGUAUCUUACUUCACCAUUCUUUACUCCACGCGACAAUGACGUGACUAAAAAAACGUCAUCAGUCGCUCUACCGACGAAUCGAUAGCCAGUAUGCCGGUUUUUAAGGAAGGAGUGAUACCGAGGUAUCAACUAUAAUUUACGAAUGCACGCACGAGAAUGAAGCACGUAGAAACGUAUUGCUAUGAGGUGGCUACUGCGCCUGCGCUGUCUUCAGUGCAUCAAUGAGUAUUCUUUCGCCAUUAUUUCCUCGAUGAGAAAUAAACACCCGUUGAAAUUCC